AUGCUGGCCUCAGUCGUGUGCGGCUGCGCCCUUUCUUUUUUCCUCCUGCACCUUCCGUUCUCCGUUCUCACGCUGAAGACGCCAGAACAACCCGCGGCUCUUCCCGCUCCCCCCUACAAUUUUCCUCAGCUUGCACAGAACAGGGAUGUAGAGGCGGCGACGUGUCGCGCCCUCUGGUGUUCGCUGGAACGCCGAGGGGCUGCCCGAGGGCAACGACAUUCUGUCUAUGGGCACUUUAGCUUCCAUCGGGUCGCGACGUCCAAUUCUUGUACGCCGCCGUCCUUCCGCUCAUACCUCGCGUGCCUGUCGCCGCGCUCGUUUCCUGUUUCCCAUCCAGUUUCCACCUUGCAGCCGCUGCGUGCUUACCACCGCCUCCGCGCCGAUGGAGGACAAUCGCUAGGGUGUCGGGACCCGAACGUUACCGACCCGCUUCUUGGCUGCUGCUUCGUCUCAGCUCCUCUGGUCUCAAAUGCGAACUUCCUUGCAGCUCCUGUGUUCUCAAGUGUGAAGACCUUGAGGACCAAAGGGAGCGCGCCUCUGACGCUUGCUGCCUCCCAGGGGGCGAAGGGGUUGUCUCAGUUAGAGCCCCUCUGUGCAGUAACGGCAUCUGAAGACCCCCAUGGUGUGUCUCCUUGCGCGGUAGUGCCCGCGUCGCCGCAUAAGGCCUUUCUGUCUUCGCCUGCUGCGCUGAAUGUGGCUAGUUUGCCUCAUUCUUUCCUGUUUUCUUCGGCCGCGUGCGCGGCGGGCGGUCGCUCUAGUUCGUGCGUAGCCGCAGCCCCUACUUCCGCGGAUUCGGCUGCUUCCUCGCCUCCUGCGUCGUCAUCUUUGGAGCUGUUGAAGAAACUUCGUGCCCUGACCAACAGCAGCGUGUCCAUCUGCAAAGAGGCUCUCGCGGCCUCAAACGGAGACAUCCGCGGCGCCGUGGACUGGCUCCGGCAGCGCGGCUCUGCGGCGGGGGCGGCAGCGGCAGCGGCGGCCAGCCUCAGCGCCAAUCAUGGACGAGAAGGGGUGAUAGCGGUUGCUUCGUGGAGGGCGCGAGUUGUCAGAUCCGCCGGCGCUUCGUCGCGCGCGCCAAAUGCGCGGCGUGACGGAGAUGAGGCAACAGUGAACCAGACAGCGGAAGGCGGUGAUUUGAAGUCCGCAGCGGAAGCACGCGACGGAGGCGACGCCACGUGCGCCCAGAAGCAGGGGGCAGGAGUCGACGCGGAGGCGGGCGGGGAUGCCGGAGAAUGGGAGGGAAAAGUGAUGAUCAAGGUAACCUGCGAUACAGAUUUUGUUGCUAGGAAUGACCAAGUCAAGUCUUUCGCCCAGCGCGCGGCUACCAUCCUCGCAGAUCUUGCUCGUAGAAAAAUCGCAAGCAGAACUGCGGUGGAGCAAAGCGAGAGCCUAGGAGAAUCCGAGUACAGCGCGCCUGAAGAUUCAUCAGGAACGCGAUCGGCAUCUCCGGCAUUCCCUGAGUCAGGACCUGCUCUCGUCAAGUACCUUCUGAACGCCUCCUGGCCUUCUUCAGGCAAAGCGGGAGGACGGGCGGUGCAUGGCGUACCUUCUGCCACAGGCAAGAUGCCUGAUGAGGACGUCGGAACGCCCGACGAAGGACACAGCAAACGGGGUCGCUUGGUUCGCGACGAGCUACAUUUCCUCAGCUCUCUGGUCGGAGAGCGAAUUGUCAUCGAGGACGCCGCAAGUCUGGCGUCACACGUGGGAAAAGGCGCUGUGGGACUGUACCUGCAUGACAGAAUGGGCGACAACGUUGGAAGUAUAGGCGUGCUGGUGGAGUUAGAGAUGUCGGCCGCGACAGGAGAACGAGGCCGGCCCGCAGCAGAGCAGCAAAUGCGGAAACAAGGACAACUCGGGUGCAGACCGAACCACUGCAGUGAGGCGAGGGAAAGAGCGGAUAAACUUACUGGAAUGGCAGAGAAGAUCGGCAUGCAGGUCGCAGCAUCAAAACCCCUAGCUGUGGAUGUGGCCUCCUUGGAUCGAGAUCUGUACGAGCGCGAGGUUCGCGCUUGCCGUGCUCAGGCAGAGGGAAGCGGAAAGCCGCCAGCCGUCAUAGAGAAGAUGGUGGCAGGCAGAUUGAAAAAGUGGUUCAAGGAAGUUGUUCUGUCCGAACAGACAUGGCUGCUGGACGACAGGGGCAAGCCGAGCCCGAGUGUGGGAGCAUGUGACAGAGCGAGCGGAUUGCUGUCCUCUACACCUGAAGAUGCUACCCUGCUCUAUGCGGAAAUCACGGACGAGCAGCGAUCUAAUAUAGUCAAAAGCUCGGCCACGACGCCAUACUUUUUGACGAUUAACCACUUUUCUGGACUUGCACGUUGUCGCUACGUCCCAACAGGGCGUGCUUUCAUGUCGUUGAUUCGCUUCAUCAAAACACUUAGCAUGGCGACUCUGGCUUCGGGUACAACGGUCCCGCACGCGCUCCAGACGUUCUUCGUCGACAGCUUCGGGCUGCCAAUCGUUAAACCAGCUGGACGUGACCAUGCAGAUCGAGCUGUUGACGGCCUCCCGGGCGAUUGUGCCGGGCACCGGGAAUGGUCGAAGAACGAAGCAGUUGCUUCCCCAUCUGCAUAG